AUGGGGGUUGUCGGGAGCCGGCUUGACGACUCGGGGUGUCUGUAUUUCAAAGAUCAGAACAAAUUAACGAUCGCAUCUGUAACGAUAUCGAAUUCUCGCCGGGUGCUUCUGAACCUCAUUCCAAAUGGAUUUCCCGCAACCAGGUAUAAUGCGAGAAGGGAGCCCGGAGAUGACACUCUGGUUGAGUAUAUACAGGAUCCGGACUGCCCCCCUUCUGCUCCCCACCCUUCGUUCCUUUUGCGUCUGAACAACGACGACGAACUCAUUUUCAAGUUUACCUUCAUCUUAAGACAAACGCAAACAGGGAACGUGUCGAAUUCCACGGUCAAUGGGGUUGCGACUACUUUGCCCGAGGUAGCCGACACCAUAUUGACAGGCUUGACAUUUGCGCACGCGCCGAACUCGAAAGAGCUCGACAAUCUGGUUACAAGAGAAUUCCACGCAAAUCCAAACCUGCAAAACAACUCGAACGUUCAGCUCGUGGGCGAUUUCUCAACCGGUGGAAGCCCGUCCGUUCAAUUUGAUUGGACUUGGAAAUGGAAGCCCCCAAAGAGUAUGGAAGAUAAAGGUGGUGGUUGGCGGAAUAGCUGUAGCUUUUUGGAUUAUGACCAAAGGGCUAAUCGCCUCAACACCCUCGCGUAUUUUUCGUUUUGGGUACAAAACACUGCUCGCUUUCUCCCGAGUCCGCAAAUAACAUCUCCGAAUCUGGAAGUUCAUAUGCCUAUGCGCAAUCGCGUUCCUUCUUCGCAGUCGGUUUUAUCACAUUCUAGCGACGCAGACAUAUCGUCAAAUGUCCCGGUCCAGGUCGUACCGGAGACGCCCCCUGAAGCUAAUGAUGCGCCUCCAACCUCCACGGCUCCAGUUCCGGCUCCGGCUCCGGCUCCUGUGAAGGUAGAUCUUCCCCACUCACGCCCUGGCGAGGACAUGAGUGUGGUUGAAGAUGGACCUCUAUUCCGUGCUACUAUGAAGGCACUGGAGCAGAAGACCGGCAAUAUGCGCGCUAAGAUCAAGAAAGUUUUGAAGAAGGCCGAGGCUGCGCAUCAAGCCCAGACAGCUUGCAACGAUGCCGUGGAAGCGUUUUUAUCUGCUUUAGGUGAUGCAUCUACCUCCAAUGCGAACGCAAUUCAGCCAGCACUAGACCACUAUUUUGAGAAGAUUUCGCGGCAGAUAUUGAAUUACGAGCGACUCAAUGCUUUACAGCUCCAAAAGCUGGUGAUAGAACCGCUUUUGAAACUCUAUACUAAUGACAUCAAGCAAGCGGAGGCGAAGAAGAAGGAAUUUGAAGAAGAAAGCCGUGACUAUUAUGCUUACGUCGGUCGAUACCUCGGACAGCGACAGGACUCACUGAAGGAAAAGAAGCGAGCAGAAAGUGACUCUAAGUACCAAGCGAAACGUCGAAAUUUUGAACUGAGACGGUUCGAUUAUUCUUCGUUCAUGCAGGACCUUCACGGUGGCCGCAAGGAGCAGGAGGUCCUUUCUCAUCUAACUAAAUAUGCGGAUACCCAGGCGAAGACCUUCCUCGCCGCGGCUAAACAGGUGGAUGACAUGGUGCCGCAGCUUGAUGCCCUUAUCCAUGAGGUCAAUCAAGCAGAUAAGGAAUUUCAAUUUCAGAGGACGGAGAGGGAAGAGAAACGGAGAGCCCUGGAGAAAAGCAGCAACACGUACCUUGAGCCUGAUGCUCCCGUCAGCUCAAGCGCAGCGUCCACGUUACUUACUAGCGGUAAUGGGAAUCAGAAACCAGAGGGAGACUUGGGCCGCGCCGAUAGCACCGGGUCACAAUUGCGGAGUGUCACUAGCAGCAAUUCAACCACAUCAAUCCAGACAUCCGCGGCUCCCAAUCCGUCCGCCGGUUCCUCUGCCAUGACCUCAGCCAUAAACUCAAGCUGUCAGCAAAGGAAAGAAGGGCUGCUUUGGGCGUUAUCUCGACCAGGAUCUCAUAUUGACCCCAAAGGAAUCAACAAGCAGGCUUGGCAUAAAUUUUGGAUUGUCCUCGACCAGGGUAAACUGUCAGAAUACAGCAACUGGAAACAAAAGCUUGACUUACACAUGGAUCCUAUCGACCUGCGGAUGGCCUCAGUAAGAGAGGCUCGGAACGCAGAACGGCGGUUUUGCUUCGAGGUAAUCACCCCGCAAUUCAAGCGCAUCUACCAAGCAACUUCAGAGGAAGAUAUGGGCAACUGGAUUAGGGCAAUCAACAACGCUUUACAGAGCGCUGUUGAAGGACGUAGCAUGUAUCCACCUCCACUCUCGUCGGAGGCGGACAAGCCAUCUAUGGGCCGAGACAUUGGCUCUGUAUUGACGGGGAAAAGCUCUUCAGUUUCCCACCACUCUCACCAUUCAUCCGCCUCGAGCAAUGUGACCCGUCGCACGACAGUUGGGGCGCGGCCUAGCUAUGUUCGCGGCGACUCACAGGGUUUCGAGGAUAAUCCCUCAAAGCUAUUACAAGCAGUUCGCGACGCAGAUCAAGGCAACCACUGGUGUGCGGACUGUAACUCUACCUCCAAGGUUGAGUGGGUUUCGAUAAACCUAGGGAUCGUCUUGUGUAUAGAGUGCAGUGGCAUUCACCGAUCUCUCGGGACACAUAUUUCUAAAAUCCGAUCACUCACACUCGACGUCCAUUCUUUUUCGAACGAUAUUGUGGAAAUCCUUCUUCAAAUCGGAAACCGCGUCAGCAACAUGAUCUGGGAGGCUACUCUAGAUCAGGCUCAGAAGCCGGUAGCCUCAUCCACUCGAGAACAUCGGCUGAGGUUCAUCACCGCCAAAUAUGCGGAUAAAGCGUUCGUUCAACCACUGCCCUCUCCAUUGUCGCGAUUCCCGACGGCAGACGAAACGCUUCUCGCCUCAAUCAAGAGAAAUGACAUUCAAGGUGUCCUUUACGGCAUCGCCCUUCGCGCCAACGUGAACGUCGCCGAUCGCUCCCGUAGCACUCACGCCGUCUUCCUCGCAUUAGCUGCCGCGGACCCGGCACACCCCGGUCAAAUGACGUCGAGUAUAUCCUCUCGACCUAGCACAUCUACCAAGGUGAUCCCUUUCCCCGUCGCUGAACUCCUUGUCCAGAACGGAGCCGAGAUUCCGUCUCAGCCUCCUCCAAUCCCUCUUUCCCCUGCCGCUCAAUUAUACCUUAACCAGCGAACUGCACGACUCUCUAAUUUCAACCAUCCUGUUCCUGCUGUAACACCAGCAGAUACGCUGGGAUCACUGCCCACCCUCCGAGGGCCCGGAGCUAGCAACGAGCAGGCACCAAGUUCGUUAGAUAACAAAGAGCGAGAGAAACUGCAUAAAAGAGGAAGCGCUGGAGCUAGGUUUGCUGGCAAAGUUGCCUCGCUAGGGAUUGAUCGAUGA